UGCUCCGGUAGGGAACCCCCCAUCCGGAGCCCGAGCGAGCGACACAACACAAUGGUGUGCACCAGCAGAACACGAUCAUGAUGACAGUUUUCCGGUGUCUUCCCUUCACCGAAGAGCGGGGCUGAAGCGAGCGAGCUAGGGAAAAACUUGGGGGGAAAAGAUGAAUGCGUCUCGAGUGUUCGGUUUCAGUUGUGCACGAGACAUCGCCCGAGACCGGACCACAUUACCGCAGCCCUCGGAAACCCGUGGCCAAAGAGUGUGAUUCCUUGAGCAAAAAAAAAAAAAAACGACAGCAAGUGACGCGCUUAUCCCGAAACCCGAACUUCAACUUUACUUCCUUUUUCUGCCAAAGUUUGCUACAUUUUUGCUGUGAGUGAGUGCGUGCGUGCGAGUGUGUCUGGUGCAGUUGUCGUGCAGGGCGUAAUGAGAUACCGUGCGUGGGGUACAUUGUUGGCUAGCAUGGCCGUACUGCUGGUCAUGCUGGACCGGCCCGAUCGGAUUGCAGCCGACCUGAUGGGUGACAUCCAGCAGGGGUUGAAAACGACCGGCAAACUGUUCGGCAUCAACACGAUUGCCGAUGUGGCCGACCUGGUGGCGAAAGGGUUUGCGACGCGCCGCGGCGGCUCCCCGGAACCACCGCGCUCGCCGCAAGCUGCCGAGAGCGUCGGGGUCGCGGACGCACUGCUCACACAAGCACCGUCCAUGAUGACCAUCAUGAUGAAACUGCUCGGGCUGGAUGGUAGCCAGCUGGGCGCAAUGCUGGUCAACGGUAUCGUGUUCCUGGCGCACAUCAUUGGCACAAAUUUGGGAGCAUUUCGGACACCCACCCCGCUCGACACAUCCUCCCCGCUCCCACCGGAUCCACCAUUGACAGGUGAAUCACAACCGGCCGAAGCAAACGGCAGCCAAAAACCAAGCCCGAACCCACUGGAAUGGUUACUGCGCAACCCGUCGAAACGGUUCCGUGUGCUGUUGGAUCAGGUGCAGAACACCGAUCUGGCCGAACGGUUGGACCGCGAGCUGGACCAACUGGACCGGUACGCGCCCGAGGACACGGACUGCAUCCGGUUGCUCAUGUGUAAGGUGAAACCCUUCAUCUGGAAGAUGCAGAAUGUCGUCCGGGACCAGAUACUGGUAAAACCCGACGGUCGGCCACAGCAACCGGCGGGCGGUACAUCUAACCAGUCGCCCGGCGCCCCCAACGGGGAAGAGAUCCUAAAGGGCAUACACGAAAAUUUACCCACCGAAGAAGAGUUUCUCCGGCAGAGCAAGGUAUGCGAGGCACAAUUUCGUCACUGUCGACGGUUGCCUGAGUAGAGUAGCGAUUGCUUAGGAACCUUGAUGGCGGAAAAUGGAUGGUCUAGAGGAUAAUUUUGCCUGUUGAGUGGGCAGCACGUUACAUGUACCUUUUGAAAAUGCGUUAUGCGGAGCUGGUUCUGGUUGAGAGACAUCCAUGCACAAUGGGAGUAAUAAUGAUGACGGCCCGUUUUGCAAGCAAACGGUUACACCAGCUCGUAUUGCUUAGCUGCCCCAAAAAGGCUCAUUGUUAAGAGCGGAUAAACGUUGGAAAUGUGCAAUCAUUGUGUCGCUGAAGAUGAAUGGAGGUAAGCUAAGUUUGGUUUUUUUUUUUGAAAGAUGGGGGAGAAAUAAAGUACAAUAACUAUGUGUAAAACAUCA